AUGCACCAAAAAAAUUUGCAGACUUUAUUAGAAGAUCCAUGGUAUGAACACGAGUUGCUAGCAAUUAUGCCCAAAGUAAAAGCAAAAGCAGCAAGUGUUUUAAAUAAUGUAAAAAAACGAGGUGCAGAGCAAGGGGAUUUUAUGGAUACGAUUACGGAACGUGUGCUUAUACCACAAGUAAUGCAAGAAGCAUUUGGCAGAGAAAUGUUGGCGAUGGUGCAUCGAGUUAAUUAUCAAAAACAUGUCAAAUUAGCAAACGACGUGAGAUUUUUAGCUGAUCCGAAUUCGGACUUUGCUACAUGGGAUCAGCUCGACGAUGAAUUUCUCAAUGAACUAUUAGCUAAUAACAAUAGUAGCGUGCGUGGCACGGCAAUUCUGGACGGGUUCAUGGGUGACGAAUGGACGCAGUUGCUACUGAACGACGUGUCAAGAAUGGCCACAAAUGGGUUGCUUAGGACUACAACAACGAGUGAGCAUAUAAUGAGUCAGCAGAAAGAUAAGGCAAGUUUGCUGGGAGCGAAGCUUCGUUUUGUUGAGUAUCAAGACUGUACGGCAGAAUAUCCGGCGCUAGCCGAAUUGAUUGAGAAGGUGCACGCACUGCCGUUCGAGAUCAACAAGAAGCGGCCGGAUAAGGCCAAGUUGUGUGCGCAAUUUUCGCGCUGUACUGCCAUCCAACAGUUACCAGCCGGACACCAUCAGCCCCUUCGCUUGGAUUGCGGAGCCGGUGACAAGAACAACGGUUUUAAGUUGACAUGCAUCUACUUUUUUAAUGCAGUUGAUACGAAGAACAAGCGAACAAGUCUUAGCCUUCGAACAGCGCUACGUGAGAACUCCACGCGGCAGGUUUACCCAGAGCCGGACCGCCUGGUUGUUUUUCGAAGUCAGUCCGUGUUUAACGAGAUCACAACUGUUCCUGACGGUGAGGACCUGUAUUACCUCACAUUCUGGAUCCAUGGACAAAGUCUGCAGUAA